AUGCAAUGGCCCUCACUCACAAAAGUCUGAAUUUGAAGCAACUGGAUCUUCUUCAGUGAUGCUUUGGCCAACAAAGAUUUGAUAAGCGCAACUAGUAACAGACAGUUCCACACACUCUCUCUCUCCCUCUCCUUGCUUAGAGAGAGAAAGCUGGGUUUGAGAAGGAAGGAAAUAGACAUAGUGGGUCAGUACUGAAGAAGAUGGAGAUGUUUGCAGGAGAGAAUGGGUUACAGGGAGACCCAAGAUUGAAGGCCAUAUCAGAAGCCAUUAGGGUCGUCCCUCACUUCCCAAAACCAGGAAUAAUGUUUCAAGACAUAACCACGCUGUUAUUGGAUCACAAGGCGUUCAAGAACACUGUUGACAUCUUCGUCGAUCGUUACAGAGACAUGGGUAUCUCUGUUGUUGCUGGAGUUGAAGCUAGAGGAUUUAUGUUUGGUCCUUCGAUUGCGUUGGCCAUUGGUGCAAAAUUUGUUCCACUACGUAAACCAAAAAAAUUGCCAGGAGAAGUCAUAUCCGAAGCAUAUGUGCUCGAAUAUGGUACUGACUGUCUAGAGAUGCAUACUGCUGCUGUUCAACCUGGGGAACGUGUUUUGGUCAUUGAUGAUUUAGUGGCUACUGGUGGGACCCUAUCUGCAGCCAUAAGGCUUUUAGAACGUGUUGGGGCUGAGGUAGUUGAAUGCGCAUGUGUCAUUGGGUUGCCAGAGGUCAAGAGACAGUGCAGGCUGAAUGGAAAGCCACUAUAUGUCCUUGUGGAGCCUCGCCAAUAAUCUAUUAUUGAGAUGGGUAUAUUCUAGGAGCUGCUACAAAAAGGAGCUUUUAUGAACACUCGAUGGUGGACUUGCUAUCACCAGCUCCGCCUGACCUGUUUGUUGGGUGUAUAUAACUUGGUGAUGAUUCCUAAAGUCAGGAGUUCAGGGUUCUGUAGAGAUUCCAAUAAAUAUGCGAUGAGAAUAUGUUGUAAAUGCCGAACUAGGCUUUUAAAGUCAUUAGCUUCACAUUGAGUGUUACUGUGGCUCAGUGAACAAGCUAGGUUCUGCUUUUAGUCUCCUCCUGUUCAAGGUUUGCAAACUGCAAUGCCAUUGUUGUAUUCUUAUCCUUUCAAAUGAAAUCUAUUCGGAAGAAUUUGUAA